CCCACACCCUGAACUCCUCAUUUCUGGCCCCACCCUGGAGCCCACACCAGCAACCAGAGACCCUCCACCCCCCCAUGCCUCAACUCCAAUUUUGUGAGCAUUCGUGGCCCGCCAUAGAAUUUCUCUUCCCAGAUAUGGCCCUCGGCCCAAAAAGUUUGCCCACCCCGAUUUAGAAGCUGUUUUCAGGGAGCCCUUCAUUCAUAGCAGCCAUUUUCAAUCAGUUGUGCCGUCAACUUACAGACAGGAAGAAGCUGCUAAAAUGACACCAGGAAUCAAUUUCACCAACCCACCCUGGAGCAGAAAAUCUCUUACCUUCCACCCUUCCUUCCAUUUCUGGGACCGUCGCGAAGAAGUUAAAGAAAUAUGGUGUGUACCUGUCGGACAAUCAAGGGAGCUACUUCAUUAUCCGUGGAUCCCAAAUCAGAAUUCAACAUAUAUAUAUUUUCUACUACCACACUUUAUAUACUGUUUAAUGGAAAACACCUGUGUACUAGUCCCCCGCAUGGGUGACCUGUGUGACAUCGCGGUGAUCACCCACGCCUUCCGCCUGCUGACGUGUCCCCACGCCAUGGUAAGGAACAUCGCAGCAAACGCCCUCCAUGACGCAACAAAGAAGCGGAUCGGCAAAGCCCCCUCCACCCAAGACACCGCCAGCUUCCUGCGCGGUUCCCUGGAUGGCGAAUUCGGACAGGACGGGCGCGACAUCGCUUCACUGUGGUCCCGCGCCCGCAAUGCUACGCGUGGCCUGGGGAAGCGCAUCGGCGGCCGCUGGGCGUGGUGCGAGGAGCGCCAGGAGAUGCAGAUCAGGUCUGAGGACAACACCAUCGUCACCCCGAGCGCCAGGGGCCUGCUGGAGAGGACCCUGAAGGCGGCCAUCCACUCGCAGUACAUGGAAGCCCUGAAGCAUAAACCGGACCAGGGAAAAGCCUUUGAACUGACCAGCAAGUGGGACGCCAGCAACCAUUUCCUCGCCGGGGGCGGCUUCACCCGUUUCGCCGACUGGAGGUUCAUCCUCCGCUCCCGGCUCAACUGCAUCCCGCUCAACGGAGCCGUCCGCCACGGGAACCGAGACGAGCGUCGCAGGAAGUGCGGCUACUCCAACGAGACCCUGCCCCACGUCCUGUGCAGCUGCGAGCCCCACUCCAGAGCCGGGCAGCUGCACCACAUCGCCACCCAGAACCGCCUGGCGAAAGCCAUCGCCCCGCGCCUGGGGGAGGUCGCCGUGAACUGCGCCAUCCCCGGCACUGACAGCCCACUGCGACCCGACGUGGUCGUCACCGACGAGGCCCAGAAAAAGAUCAUCCUCGUCGACAUCACGGUCCCCUUCGAGAACAGGACCCCGGCCCUCCGAGAAGCCCGAGCUCGGAAGCUGGAAAAAUACGCCCCUCUGGCCGACACCCUGAGAGCGAAGGGCUACGAGGUGCAGAUGGACGCCCUGAUCGUCGGAGCCCUGGGCGCUUGGGACCCCUGCAACGAGCGUGUGCUGCGGACCAGCGGGAUCGGUCGACGCUACACACUGGUCAUGCGGCGCCUCAUGGUCUCGGACACCAUCCGAUGGUCCCGGGACAUCUACAUCGAGCACAUCACCGGCCACCGACAGCACCAGGAGGUGUGAGCCGGAACGACAUCGUGCAUCCACUAUGGGAAAGGGACUGAGAGGCUUUUCCCAUUGGACCGUAUGAACUGGAACCAUAAACUCACUGAACGUUAAAUCCCAGCAAAUGAGGGUAGAUCCAUCCCCAUCAUCGUAUCCGCUCAUUAUACCCCACACCUGAACAUAGCCAUUAUAUGGACAACAUACCCCCAUAUCUCAAUGUUUGUGCUUUGACCGGUUAAACUUUUACCCCCAAUCGGGGAGAUUGCAGAUUAUGUAUUCCUUAUGCCACCAGCUCCUAACCGAAUUUCGCACCCCUUGAUAAUCUGUACCUCAUUCCCUGAUAACCAGAAACUUCUAUGCUUGAACUCUGUACCCUUUUCCUUUUUAUUUCAACAUUAUCUUAAUAAAAUUAAGUGUCAUGUGUUAACCUGAAACCAUGGGCGGAGACAUUAUGUAACCUUUGGACCAUUGGCCACUGUGCUUAUCUUCUCUUGCUGCUAGACCUACCCAGGGAUUUGGGACUGCCUACCCCGUCAUUUCCCUCCGCCCAUGGAAAAUCCAUAUAAUCCCUUGUAAUCAAUUGUUUGGCAGUGUCUCUGAGCCUAAUAAGCGAGGUGACACUCCGUCAGCGCUGUGCGUAAUAAACCCACGUGCUUGAUUCUA